UCUCUUACUGAAAAAAAAAUAAAGCAUUGUUCGUUUUAUUUGUAGCAGCUUGUCUAUCCUUGAAAAAUAAUAAAGUCAAGUACAAUCGGUGGUCGGUUGAAUUCAAGACUCUGAUUUUGACAGCGUUCAAGAACGCUGACCGGGAAGUAAACGCGCGAUUCAAAAAGCGUGCGGGUAGUUUUAAAGAUAGAGCUCAGGAUAGCAAUUACACGUUGUUUUAAUAACCCUGCGUCGUUUAAAUGGAGAUUCGCGAGAGCUGAUGGAGUGGGAACGGUUUGACCUGAAUCCGAGGAUCAUUACAGCUGUUAAAAAAGCCAAUUUCCGAUCGGCCAAGGAGGUCUUGUGUGUCUCUGGUCCAGAUCUGCAGAGGCUGACCCGCUUGUCAAAGACUGAUGUUCAUCGGCUGCAUUACGCCGUAGCGGCUGCUGUCCGCAGGUCCGAGCCGGCCACAGCUUUACAGCUGGUCCGCGGAGAAUGCCCUGUUUUGGAGGCCGGACACAGGCUCUCUUUUGCCUGCCCCGUUCUGGACGGUCUCACGCGCGGCGGUCUCCCGUUACGAGGAAUAACGGAGCUGGCGGGCGAGAGCGCUGCUGGGAAAACACAGAUCUGUCUGCAGCUUUGCCUGUCUGUCCAGUAUCCGCAAGAAAACGGAGGGCUUGGUUCAGGAGCUGUCUAUAUUUGCACUGAGGAUUCUUUCCCUAUCAAACGACUAAGGCAACUCAUUACCCAGCAGCCCCAGCUCAGAGCGGAUCUGCCACCGGCUCUGAUCCGCAGUCUGCGUUUCAGCGACAACAUCUACAUCGAGCAUGCAUCUGACCUGGAGGCUCUGCAGACUUGCGUGUCGCGGCGUGUGCCCGUGUUGCUGAAGCGAGGCCUGGUCAGGCUGCUGGUGGUGGACUCUGUGGCGGCUCUGUUUCGCAGCGAGUUCCAGGCUGAUGAGGCUUUACAGAGGUCACGUCACCUGCUGGCCUUUUCCAACACACUUCACCGCCUGAGUCAUCAAUACGGUGCACCGGUAGUCUGCGUCAACCAGGUUACAGAUGUUGUGGACGGACCAAAUCCAGGAAGGUGCGACUAUGGGCUGGUGGGCAGUAAGGUGCUUCCUGCAUUGGGCAUCGCUUGGGCCAAUCAGGUGAUGGUGAGACUCAUGCUCAGGAGACUGACGGGGCGAGUACAGUCAGACAGCCGAAGCAGCGCUCCUCGAAAAUUAGAAGUGGUUUUCGCCCCACACCUCCCUCGAGCGAGCUGCCUGUGUGGAGUUUGGGAAGAAGGAGUGAGAGGGAUCCCUGAUGGCCAUUCAGAGCUGCAGCCACACACCUCUUCAUGAUGAAUUAUCUGCAAAAGGAGGAAAGGACUGCUUAAAACACAACAUGGCAGAAAUGGCGCCUAAUGGAUAUAUAGGUUUAUAAAGGACAUUUGAAUUUUAUAUACUGAGGAAUGGCUAAAUUUAUGCCAUUUGAAAUGAUUGGACAUUAUUUUUAAUGCACAAUUCUUACAUGUAUUAUGUGUAAGACAUUUUGUAAAAUCUAAUCCUAGUUUUAUAUAUUUUUUCCCAUAUUAUUAUUAUUUUGCCCAGAAUAAAUGUUUUCCUUAGAUAUCUGUUAUCACAGUUUUCAGACAUAAAUCUGUUCCAAGCAACAAUAAGUAUGGUAAAUAAAGCCUAAUUGUUACCUCGCAGCUGCCCUUUAAGAGAACGGUUGGUUUUGUUCUGUCUUAUAAGAAAAAAAAGCUAAUUCAAUUUGGAGUCACUCCUCGAUCGAUUUACCGACCUACAACACUCAAAACAUGGACAGAUAGCAUUAGUUGAGACUAGACUAUGAUAUUUCAAGCAGAAAGACAAAUACAAAUCAGAAAAAGAUCAGAAAAGCUAUUGUUUUCUACAAGGCAUGGUGUGCUCCGGUGGUAAACCCUAACUGUAUAGCAAAAAUGUGACUAUAAAAUUCAAAUGAAUUUAAUGUUGCA